AUGGCUAAUCUAAGCUCCCAUGUUACUGCGCUAUUCAUUGUUGUAGAAUUGGUGUGUGCGUUUGUUCCUGCAUAUUCAGUAGAAGAAGCUGAAGCAAAAACAUUAUGGGACACUUGUCUGGUUAAAAUCACUCCUAAGUGUGCAUUGAAUAUAAUCGCUGUUGUUUUUGGAAACGGAACCCUCAUUGAGUCUUGUUUCCACGAUCUUGUCCAAGAAGGAAAAGUGUGUCACGAUAAUCUCAUUAAAUAUAUUGCUGACAGACCAUCAUUAAUUGGCCGUGAAACACAAUACUUGAAGAAGAGGGAUGACGUGUAG